AUCGCGCUAGCCAGCUGACUUUGUUACUGUUAACAUGGAUCAAGACCGCAAAUAUCUAAAAACUGGACGUUUUCAGAGGCAGGAGACAACCUACGCAGAGCACUGCUGUGUCCCCCACUGUACAGCGUCAGCAAAAUUCAACGGGGUAUUAAGUUUUCAUGGCUUUCCGAGCCAAACUGACGUGAGGAGGCAAUGGAUUGUGAACAUACGCCGGGAUGCAUAUGUCAUCACCACUCACUCCAAGGUCUGUAGCAGACACUUUAGUCCCGACAAGUUGAUAGAGCCAACUACUCCUCAGGGUCGAAGGAGACUGGCAAAAGGUGCCGUACCAACCCUUUUUGAGUGGAACCAAUAUACGGUCGCAACCCCAAGGCGCGGCGUGUGGGAUAGAGUGGAUCGGUUCGUCGAGGCUGCCCCUCCGGGAGAUGAAGUUGAUCAACGUUUUGAAGAUCACGACUACUGCUCUGUCCCAGAACCGGCUGCCAUGGAUAUGGCCGCAUCCGCUGCUGAAAGCGUCACAAAUGAAGUAGAGGAGCUGAGAAAGGAGCUACAUGAGUUACGUCUCCAGCGAGAUUUUGGACUGCAACGGUUUGCUGGCUCCGACGCAGACAUACGAUUUUACACAAGGUAAGUCAUUUCCAUUUUUUGUAUUAGCCUAUGUGAUAUUAGCUUUGUCCCUAAGUGACGGGGAUAUGUGCCAUGCAGGGACAAUAGCUUUAUGUUACAGAUUAAUUUAUAGUACUGUACCAAAUUACUUCUUAAUAGGUCUAUGUGAAUGAUAAAUAGCACACAAGUAGUGUCAUGUUGAGAGAUGGUGUAAUUCAGGACAGGAGUUGGGAAUGUCCAUGUCUUAUCAGAAUUUAUAUAUUUUAAUGUGAAGGCAUCAAUAGUUCAGAAAAAAAACAUUUAUAAUACAGAUUUGUGUAAAGACUUACAGAGACGUGUUGCCAGUUAAAGUCUACAAAAGUUUAUUUUUAAAUAGUUGAAAGUCAUUAGUUAUUAUAUGAGAGGAAAAUGGGAGCACUGAAGCGACAGCGCCAGAAUGUGACCGUCUCCAGCUCCACCAAUGCUGGUCCUAGAACAAAAAUACUAUUAAACAAUUGUAAAAAUUUAUGAAUUGAUCAGGUAACACCCUACUUAUCUGCAUGCAAGUGCACAGCAAACCACCAAACAGCGCCUCCCAAUGAUACAGCCCCGACAGGAACACUACUCUAAAAAGAAAGAGCACAGAGACCACAUUAGGGCAUUGGAUAUCCAGACACAUCAGGUUGUCUUAUAGGAAGUUGGGGCAGUUAUUAAAAUGCACCCAAAGAGGAAACUAAACAAACCUGUCAGCCGGGUGCCAGGGAUUAGUUACGGUACCAUCCGGUAGAGCAACCGUUGCGUACUGGCCCAAGUCACAAUACAGGUUAAAGUGAGGUGACUGAGGCUGAAACAGGUAUAUGGGAGAAAUACAGGUCACCCUGCCACACACACACACACACGCAUAUAUAUAUGAGAUAAAAUCGUAAUCUUAGUAGUUACUGUUGACAUUAUUUUGGUAACAAUGUAUACUUUUGAAGAUUUUAAACAUUUUUAUGUGGUGUCUUUUGUGAAUAGAUUUGCCAGCUAUGACCACCUGAUGGCAUUUUGGUCUUUGAUCGAGCCUUGUCUAUACAAGAUGGUCCGUGUCUCCAGAGCCAAAUCAGCUGCCCAGAAAAACGAAGAAGUGGUCGCACCUGCACGUGCAUCAACGAGACAGCUGCUCCAGCCCAUAGAUGAGCUCUUUCUUUUUCUUAACUAUCUUUCGGCUGGAUUGAAGGAGAGAGACCUGGCAAAUCGCUUUAGAAUUCACCAGUCCACUGUGAGCCGCAUCAUUGCCACAUGGACUUGUUUUCUGGCCACAGCACUAGGGUCUAUUUGUAUUUGGCUCACACCUGCAGAGGUACAGGCUUACCUCCCGGAGGAAUUCCGUGAUUACCCGGACACCCAGGUAAUUCUUGAUUGCACCGAGCUUAGAUGCCAAACCCCAUCCUCACCCCUCCUUCAAAGUGAGAUGUACUCUACGUACAAAUCCCACUGCACCAUGAAAGGCUUGGUUGGCAUAGCCCCACAUGGUGCAGUGACAUUCAUUUCCGCAUUGUAUGGUGGCUCAGUUAGCGACAAGGAAAUGUUCAAACAGUCAGGAAUCGCUGAGUUGCUGACCGAAAACAUGGCCGUUAUGGUCGAUAAAGGCUUCGUAAUCAGUGAUUGCUGCAAAAGCAAAGUUUACUGCCCACCCUUUCUGUCAAAGAACAAACAGAUGCCAGCAUGCCAGGUGAAGGAGACACAGGCCAUAGCCAGAUUGCGGGUGCACGUAGAGCGUGUCAUUCGGAGGAUAAAGGAGAACCGGCUUUUUGAUGGCACCAUCACCCUGUCAAAUGCGUACAAUAUCAAUGAAAUAUUUGCAGUUGCCUGUCUGCUGUCAAAUUACCAAAACAAGGCACUCGUCAAAAAAUGGGUUAAGUGAUUAAAUAAAGAGAAUAUUAUUGCCUUUCAUGAAAUGCAGUAGAUCUGUCUGCUAGGAUGUAAGUAAAGAUUGACUGUUUAAAUGUUCAGAACACUUGGAUUACGUGCAGUUAAUGUUUGGAUUUUCAUAUGCAUUUGAUUUCCCAUUUUACAAAAAGAAAUAAUAAUGCAAUUGCUGAGAAAAAAAAAUAUUUAUGGUGAUUACAUGGUCUCAUUGACAUUUCCAGGAAGAAACUGGACUUCUGGUUGUUUGGUUGACGGUGAGUUGCUGGCCAACGUGAGGUAAGACUGCUGGUGAAGGUGAGAUGAGACUGCUUGUGAGUUAACAGAUUUUACAGGGUAAUGUUUUUUAAAUUUUCUUAAGACGCAGGUAGCUAGGCAUGUAAUGGUAGAAAAAGAAAUGAUCUGCCUUUUCUCGAAUUGCGCUCUGCACUUCUGGCUCAACAUAGAUUCUCUGCACUACGUAGUCUUCCUGCGCCCACACAACAAAGUCGCACCACUGCAUUCCAGUUAUGAGCAGCUGGCCUUGGACUUGCCAAUAA